GUCACCACCUAACCAGCACAGCAGCAAAAUGGGUCGCGUUAUCAGAGCUCAGAGGAAGUCCGGUGGUAUCUUCAAGUCCCACACCCGUUUGAGGAAGGGUGCUGCCCAGCACCGUACCCUCGACUACGCUGAGCGUCACGGUUACGUUCGUGGUGUCGUCAGGGAGAUCAUCCACGACCCUGGACGAGGUGCCCCCCUCGCCAAGGUUGUCUUCCGUGACCCUUACCGCUACAAGCAGCACACCGAGACCUUCAUCGCCAACGAGGGUAUGCACACCGGUCAGUUCAUCUACACCGGUAAGAAGGCCGCUUUGACCGUCGGUAACAUCCUUCCCCUCUCCGCCAUGCCUGAGGGUACCAUCAUCUCCAACGUCGAGGAGAAGGCUGGUGACCGUGGAGCUCUCGGCCGUACCUCCGGUAAUUACGUUAUCGUUGUUGGUCACGGUGAGGACGGCAAGACCCGUCUUAAGCUUCCUUCCGGUGCCAAGAAGAUCGUCUCUUCUGAGUGCCGUGGUAUGAUCGGUAUCGUUGCCGGUGGUGGACGUAUCGACAAGCCCCUCUUGAAGGCUGGUCGUGCCUUCCACAAGUACAAGGUCAAGCGUAACAGCUGGCCCCGUACUCGUGGUGUUGCCAUGAACCCCGUUGAUCACCCUCACGGAGGUGGUAACCACCAGCACAUUGGUAAGGCUUCUACCAUCUCCCGCUACGCCGUCUCUGGUCAGAAGGUCGGUCUUAUUGCUGCCCGCAGGACUGGUCUCCUCCGUGGUACCAAGGGCAAGGAGGAGUAAGUAUUUUGACAUUAACC